AUGGUUCCGUCGGAAAGCAAAAAGGUGGAAAGAUACAUAUGGGGACUAUCUCCCCAACUUCAAGGAAACGUAUUGGCCUCAAAGCCAACUACCUUUGACAGUGCCAAAGAACUGGCACAGCAACUCAUCGACCAUAAGGCCAGCCAUGGCACUGUGACAACCACCCCCGAGCAAGCGAAAAGGGGAAGUAACAAGAGGAAGUUCUGGAACAAGAAGAAGGGUCAACCUGCUCAAGACCCUACCAAAAAGCAACAAGUGGUUGUUGUGCAUGCUGCCACAACCACUGCCAAACCAACUCCGAUAAGACACCACCCGCCACCACCAUCACCACCUACCAUCACCCAACCAACACCACAACUCACCAUCACCACCCACCUCCACCACCCCCACCCACUUCCAUCACCCAUCACCACCACCCGCCACCACAACCCACUACUACCAUUACCCGUCACUACCACCUCCACCCACCACCCACCAAAACCACCACCUGCCACCAUUAUCACCACCCACCAACUACCACCACUUAUCUCCACCACCCAUUACCAUCACUCACCACCACUACCUGUCACUGCCACCAACCAUCACCCACUACCCACCACCACCUGCCACCCACCAAAAACCACCAAACACCACCACCACUACCACCCGUCACCACCACCCCCAUCACUAACCAUUGUCACCCCCACCCUCACCCACCACCUGCAAAAACAACCACCCACCACCUGUAAUCACCACUCACAUCCACCAUUACCACCUACCACUGUCACCACCCACUGCUUACCACCACUAACCGUCACCACCACCAAAUAUCAUCACACGCUACCACCACCACUUACCCACCAAUACCUAACAUUAUUCAUCAUCACCAUUCACCACCCACCACCAACCAGCACCACCACCCCCUACCAUCACCCCUACCCAACAUCCACCAAAACUACUAACCAACACCACCCCCCACCAUCACCCACACCUAACAUCCACCAAAACCACCACCCACCACCAUUACCACCACCAUCACCCCUACCGCCAACCACCACCUACCACCUCCACCAUCACCACCCGCUACUUACCACCAGAAACCACCACUACCACCCACCAGCUCCACCAUCACCAUCCACCACUAACCACCACAAACCACCACCACCACCAUAG